AUGCAAUGCAUUAAUGGGGAGUGUUGUGAUGAUCCAUUCAAUGUUACCCUGCCCAACAUUGUCACCACCGACCGGUCGACAAGUUCCCUCACGGUCGAUUACAACCGAAGCGGGGUGAAGCCGACCAGUGAAAAGCCCUUCAUGACUUGUAAGUUGGGGUGAGAAAUGGCAUUUUUUAACGUUUCUUUAAACUGUUUAGCUGAAACUUGAUUUUCUAUGAACUUUUGGACCAAACACCACAUUUUCUAUAAACUUUCUAACCGUUUUUUAAAAAUAAUUACUUUAAAUGAACGAAACAUGGUACUAAAAUAUUAUUUAAGGCGGUGACACAAGUUCCUCAUGCCGAGUAAUGAUGCACUUGUGUGUGAAUGCCGUUUACGAAGUGAUGAUGGAACGACAUUGUACUAGAACUUGCAACAAAUGCUCUCUAAAACCACGGACUCCAAAGCUACGUUCUCGACAUUGUAAGCCUAAUUGAUUUUUAACUACUUAAGCCUAAAUUAACCUUAAACUUAAUUUUCUUUUUAAGCCUAAAAUUCAUUUUAAACUUAAAAUUAAUUUUUUAAGCCUGAAUUUCAUUUUCAAGCUUUUUUAAGCCUAGACCACCACUUUUUAAUUUAGGCAGGGAUUUGGGUUCAAAUUGUCCACGACUUCAGCCAUAUUGCCAAUCAACCGCGUAUUCUGCGAUGCUACGUACUUAUUGCCCAAAAACAUGUCAUUUGUGUUAA